UUGAACUUGCUAGAGUCUGCAUCAAAAUUUAAGCUACCACCAGCUGCUUAAGCAGCAACUAAAGAAAACGAUCAAUUAUUGCUGUGUUUUGGUUGGUCUUAUCCGAGAUUAAAUUUUGAAAAUAAAAAUGUAACAAAGUGGUAAAGAAGAAGAAGUAUUUCAAAAUAAAAUAUUCAAAUAAAAAAAACAAAAGAAAUCAGUGAAAAUUUUUUUAUUAAUCAAAAUAAAAUUUUUAAUACCUUUAGAGAGAAGGUGUUGUUGAUGUGUGAAUAAAGUUAAUAAAAGAAAAAAUAGUUUGAAAAUAAAAUGUUGUAAAAGAAAACCUUAAAUAAACCGUUAAUAAAACCAUAAUAUGUUUUCUAUUGCAUUGAAAUGUUACGUUUAACAAAAAAAACAUUUUACAUUUGUUCAUUUUUUUCUUAAUGUUUAAUGACAAUUAAUGUAACGGUUACGAAACGCUGUUUUAAAGACAAUAACAACAACAAAAAUCUAGAAAAUUAUAACUUGUACAUCAUUCAAAAAAAGGUGUUUGUAUAGAGAAGAUUCUUUAAGUUGAAGAUAAGAAAAGCUUUUAACUUGCUGUGUUGACAACAAUGGAUUGGCUUCGUAAUUUAUUGUUAUUAUUGGUCUUGAUGCCAUUUGUUUACAGUUGGAGUCCCAUACCCAGCUCACGCAGUCGAAGUUUUUAUGCAGCUUCACAACAACAGCAGCAACAACAACAAAAACAAUUACUACAGCAUAAACAACAGCAGACCGCAGCAGCUUCAAGUCAAAGAAGUGCAGUUUCGCCAUAUUUUGAUUUAAUAUUAUGUCCCAUACGAGAACAGCCCUGGUCUUGUGCACGUCAACAAUCGGCCCGUCUUUUAGACAUUUGGGAUGGGGAAUUGCAUGUUCAGUGGCAAAAGUUGAAAGCUGAAGCCGAUCGUCAAUUGAACUCCACACUAGAAAGACGUGGCUACAGUGAUUCCACAACCUUAAGCAAAGAAAAACCCUCAACAAUUUUAAAGAAAAUUGAAAUUGGAACAAAUUAUAUGAAAGAAUAUUUGGCUGAAACUAUGGAUGGAUUUUUAGGACGUGAAUAUGAAUAUUUACAAAAUACCAAAAACAAUUAUCAAACACAAAACGAUGAAGAAAAUGAAGAACAUACCGAUGAGUAUGAAGAGACUGACGAUGAUGAGGAUGAAGAGGAAGAUGAUGAACAAGACAAUACUGGCAAUGCUAAUGAACAGACAGGAGAUUUAAAAAAUACCAAUAAUGGGGCAGAGAAUGCAAAUAAUCUUAGUCAAGCUGCUGAUAGUGAUGCGGAAUUCUUUGAAAUCGAAGAGGGAACAGACAAUAACGAAGAUAAUGAACAAGAAACUGAUGAUGCUGUUGAAGAACUUAAAAAACCAGGAGGUGGCAAUAAGCGACGUAAAAAGAAAAAGAAGAAGGGCAGUCAACAUGAUAUUGGAACUCAAGCUGCUAAUCUCUUAGUCAUACAACCAUUAGAACAUCAAUUAGCAUCACAUCAACAUCAUGAUGAUAGUUUUGAUGCUCAUGGUGCUACACAGCUGCUACAGCCAGUUGUCCAGAAAAUCAAACCUUUAAAACAAAAGAAACGCAAGAAGAAGAAGGGUCAACAUGGUGGUGGUCAUGGCGGUGCUACUGCUACUUAUGUUGUUGAACAAGAACCUGCAACCGAUCAUUUAGGUUUGGGUCUACUCGAAGAAUUGGCCGAAUGGGAUGUUGACGAUGGAUUUGGCGGAAAGCGCAAGAAAAAACAUUCAAUGAAAUAUGGUAGAAGUAAUGGAGUGACUCGCGGCAAGAAAAAGAAGAAGAAGAAGGCUUUAAUGAAACUGAUGCUUUUGGGCUCUUUCCUUAAGGCCAAAAUAGAAUUAUUGCUGAAAUUGUUGGGUGCUCAUUUACAAAUUAAAUUCUUUGCCAUUGCUCUGAUUGGUCUGCUGAUUAAUAUUGCUCGUUUCUGGAUUGAUGUCAAACGUGGUGGUACACCACAGAAGGUUGUUUAUGUUGAACAUGCACAUCAUCAGCAUCAUUAUGAAGAUCAUGGCGAUGACUGGAGUGAAUCGGCUGGCGGUGGUGGUGGCGGCUAUUGGAAGAGAUCUUUACAAACAGAUUCCACGGAAAACACUUACGACUCGGUAACCGAUAGUUAUCAACCCCGUCCACAACAGGUACAACAACUGCUGCAGCAACAAUCACAACAAUACGAUCCCCAAUAUUUGGCAUAUCGAAAUCAAUGGCAACGAAAGUAAAACUUAAAAUCGAUUUGAAAUUUUGAAAUUUUGAAAUUUUCUUUAAUCUAGUGAAUGUUUUGUAAACAUAUAAAAGUAACGAAUGAACCUUAAAUUUUGUUUUAAAAAUUUUGUUUUGGUUUUAGCGAAAAGUUAAAAAAUUUAAAUUUAAUGUUUUGUAAAAAAAAUUAAUAUUAUUAAAGAAAAAAAUUAAAAUAAUUAAGUUUCAAACAUUAUGAAACUGUUAAAAAGGCCACAAUAUUGUUUAGUUUAGUUGAAUUAUUUUUUAAUUAUAAGAAAUUUUUAAAUUAUAAAAAAAAUAUUAUUUUAAGUUUUCUUACUUCUUAAAUUGUAAACAAAAUAAAUUUAAUAAAUUGUUUAUUGAAUAAUAAGUUAACAAUUUGUAACUAACUCUAAUUUGUUAAUUACAAGUUGACCACUUAUUUUUCGCAACAUAUCGAUUUUAA